GAGGCCGAAGGUGGGGGCUUCAGGGGGGGAGCCAUUUCCUCUUCCGCCCCUUGCCUUGGAGCCCUUUUGAAUCCCAGGCGGACUUCUGCUGGAAGGGCUGGGAAGGGGUCAGGCAAGAAAAGCCUUUUUGGUGCCUCCUCCACCAUCUCUUCUGUGUGCUGAAGAGAAAAGGGCCGCCAUGGAGACGCCUCAGGCAGGGGUGUCCUUCGAAGAGGUAGCUGUGAUUUUCACCCCGGGGGAGUGGAGCCUGCUGCGCCCAGCCCAGAGAGCUCUGUACAAGGAAGUCAUGCUGGAGAAUUAUGGGAACAUGGCCUCUCUCAGACCUCUGAUGGCCAAACCUGACCUGAUAUCCCAGCUGGAAGAAGAGGAAGGGCUGUUUCUCGUGGGGUGUGAUGAAGAGGCAGAAUUGGCAGCAGGAGAAUUGUGGCAGUCAGUGAAUGGAGCAGAAGAACACCGAUCGAUGGGGAAAGAGGAUAUACAGUCACAUGCAAAAAAGAAGUUUGAAGAUUUGGACGCACCCAGGAGGGAGGAGGGAAAACACCCACCAAAAGGGAGGAAUAAUCCUAGACCUACACAGAGGGAUGACUCUGUACAGCAAAACGUAUGUCAAGGAGACACCAGGAAUGAGUGCACUGCAAGCGGAGGAAAUUACACUGAAAUAUCUGUUAUUAAUACUCAACCAAAGAUGUUUAACAAAAAGAAAAUAUAUAAAUGCCAGGAGUGUUGGAAAAGCUUCAGUCACAAUGGAAACCUCACUUCCCAUCGAAGAAUUCACACAGGAGAGAAACCAUAUAAAUGUCUGGAAUGCGGGAAAAGCUUCACUCAGAGUUCCAGUCUUACUUACCAUCGAAGAAUUCACACAGGGGAGAAACCAUAUAAAUGCCUGGAGUGUGGGAAAAGCUUCAGUCAGAUGUCCCAUCUUACUUCCCAUCAAAAAACUCACACAGGGGAGAAACCAUACACAUGCCUGGAGUGUGGGAAAAGCUUCAGUCAUAGUUCCCAUCUUACUUCCCAUCAAAAAACUCACACAGGGGAGAAACCAUAUAAAUGCCUGGAGUGUGGGAAAAGCUUCAGGUUCGGUGCCGAUCUUACUUCCCACGGAAGAAUUCAUACAGGUGAGAAACCAUACAAAUGCCUAGAGUGUGCAAAAAGCUUCAGGUUGGCUGCCGAUCUUACUUCCCAUCAAAGAAUUCACACAGGGGAGAAACCAUACAAAUGCCUGGAGUGUGGAAAAAGCUUCAGAUUGGGUGCUGCUCUUACUUCCCAUCAAAGAACACACACUGGGGAGAAACCGUAUAAAUGCCUGGAGUGUGGGGAAAUCUUCCGUCAGCGUUCCCAUCUUCGUUCCCAUCAAACAACUCACACAGAGAAACCAUAUAAAUGCCAGGUGUGUGGGAAAAGCUUCAGUCACAGUGGAAACCUUACUUCCCAUCAAAGAAUUCACACAGAGGAGAAACCAUAUAAAUGCCUGGAGUGCGGGAAAAGCUUCAGUCACAGUUCCAGUCUUACUUCCCAUCAAAGAAUUCAUACAGGGGAGAAACCAUAUAAAUGCUUGGAGUGUGGGAAAAGCUUCAAUCAGAGUUCCAUUCUUUCUUCUCAUCGAAAAACUCACACAGGGGAGAAACAAUACAAAUGCCUGGAGUGUGGAAAAAGCUUCAGGAAGAGUUCCCAUCUUAGUACCCAUCGAAAAACUCACUCAGAGGAGAAGCCAUACAAAUGCCUGGAGUGUGGGAAAAGAUUCAAGUUGUGUGCUGAACUUAGUACCCAUCGAAGAAUUCACACAGGGGAGAAACCAUAUAAAUGUCUGGAAUGCGGGAAAAGCUUCACUCAGAGUUCCAGCCUUACUUCCCAUCAAAGAAUUCACACAGGGGAGAAGCCGUAUAAAUGCCUGGAGUGUGGAAAAAGCUUCAGUCAGAGUUCCCAUCUUAAUUCCCAUCAAAAAAUUCACACAGGGGAGAAACCAUACAAAUGCCUGGAGUGUGGGAAAAGCUACAGGAGGAGUUCCCAUCUUAGUUCCCAUCGACAAACUCACAUGAGAGAAACCAUAUAA